UUUAAAAACCGGCUCGCCUCCAAAUUUUGAACUCACCUUUCAUCAUUCAUGCCUCAUUGUUUCUAUUUUUAUCUUGUUGGAACAACUGCUGUUUCUUACAAGAAGGAAGGGUCGUGGGUUCCUACUCCUACUCCUUGUUCAAACUACCGCAACCCCAUACCUAAAUUCUCUCCCCCAGUCCCCACUACUCCCUCAUCGUUUAUACACCACUUUAUACUUCUGCCUUUUUAUAGUUCCCAUAAAGUGAGAGCUCCCCACAUUCAUAUAUUCAGAAUAAACCUCCUCCUUUUCUCUUUUCCUUUCUGAAAAAUUUUCCCUGCGGCGAAGCCAACAUCUAUUCCCUUCCUUUUUAUUGGAGAUUCUCUUCAUCCACGUAAUCUAGUGCAGCUUCGCUGGGGGAAAUAAUACUUAGAUUUGGCAUAAACAAUUGCUUUUUACUCGCUCCUUCCUGGAGAAAAAGAGGGAAAAGCUCCGAUUUUUUUAUCUAACAAAUAAUGUCAAGAUUUUGUCUUUUCAUCUAUUUAUUAUUGUUUUGUGGUGUUCUGUAUAAAGGGCUUGUUGUUGAAAGCCUUGGUGUGAACUGGGGUACCAUGGCCACCCACAAGUUGCCGCCCAAAGUGGUGGUGCAAAUGCUCACCGACAACGGAAUAAAGAAGGUGAAGCUAUUCGAUGCAGAUCAGUCGACCAUGAGCGCUUUGGCUGGCACUGGUGUUGAAGUCAUGGUUGCAAUCCCCAAUGACCAGCUUUCUGCUAUGGGCAGUUACGAUCGAGCCAAGGAAUGGGUCAAGCGCAAUAUCACCCGAUACAAUUUCAAUGGCGGUGUAACAAUCAAAUAUGUCGCAGUUGGCAACGAACCAUUCCUUACAUCCUAUAACAACUCAUUUGUGAACACAACAUUCCCAGCUCUUCAGAACAUUCAGAACGCCCUAAAUGAAGCUGGGGUUGGGGACUCCAUUAAAGCAACUGUGCCUUUGAAUGCUGAUGUUUAUGGUUCACCAGAAAACAACCCUGUGCCAUCAGCUGGAAGGUUCCGGACAGAUAUUAGUGAUCAAAUGAGCCAGAUUGUUAAGUUCUUAAACCAAAACAAGGCGCCCUUCACUGUAAACAUCUAUCCUUUCUUGAGUCUCUAUGCUAACGAAAACUUCCCGGUUGAUUAUGCCUUCUUUGAUGGGGUGAGUAAUCCCAUUGUUGAUAAUGGAAUUUCAUACAGCAAUGUCUUUGAUGCCAAUUUUGACACCUUGGUUUCAGCACUAAAAGCACUGGGGUAUGGUGAUAUGACCAUUAUUGUAGGGGAGGUGGGGUGGCCGACAGAUGGAGACAAAAAUGCCAACAUAAAUUAUGCUUUGAGGUUCUAUCGAGGUCUUUUACCAAGACUUGCAGGAAAUAAAGGUACCCCUCUUCGGCCUGGUUAUAUAGAAGUUUACUUGUUUGGCCUUAUUGACGAGGAUGCCAAGAGCAUAGCUCCAGGUAAUUUUGAGCGCCACUGGGGAAUCUUCAGGUAUGAUGGACAACCUAAGUUCCCUAUGGACUUGUCUGGACAACAAUCAGACAAGUAUCUUGUGGGUGCACAGAAUGUGAACUACCUUCCUACAAAAUGGUGCAUGCUUAGGCCAGACGCCAAUGACCUAAGCAAACUUGCGGACAAUAUUAAUUAUGCUUGUACGUUUUCAGACUGCACAGCGCUUGGUUUUGGUUCUUCCUGCAAUGGAUUAGAUGCCAAUGGAAAUGCAUCGUAUGCAUUUAAUAUGUAUUUUCAGGUCCAGAAUCAAAGAGAUUUGACCUGCAAUUUUCAGGGUCUAGCCAUGGUGACUGAUAAAAAUAUAUCUCAGGGGAACUGCAAUUUCACCAUUCAGAUAGCUACCUCAUCUUCUUCAAGAUUGGCGCAGGUGUCUCUGGCAUUUUUGACAGCUAUCACUUUACUAUUGCUAUAGAUUCCUUUAUGUAGAUACCUCACAUGAACUACUUUCUAUAUCCAUUUUCAGUUAGUGAUUUGUUUUGAGAGUAUUGGGUAUUGACAGUUGAAUCGAAUUUACAAUAACUUGGGAUAUUCUUCUCUGUUUAAGAGCAUCUAUAACAGAAAUGAAACAUUGAUGUGUG